UCCAUGGUGUUUUGGAUGACCAAAUCCAAGGGUAAAAACUAAAUAAAUAAGGCGACUAAUGUUCAAAGACUGCGGCGACUUCCGAUUUCCUCCUCGCCGUCCGUUCCUUUGUUGUUCUCUCUCCCUAUCUCUCUCUCGCCCUGCUUUCUAUAUUCGCGGAAAUCUAAAAAUCCUGAUUUUCAAUUCCUACUCGCCCAGGAAAAUCCGGAUUCUAAAUUCAGCUUCCCUAUAUAUUAUUGCCGGAAUUUAUUUCUCAAUUGUCGGCCAAGUCUUCGUCUCGGUCUUUCUUGCGUGGCAGCUGAUUUUGAUCCUCCAAUGGGAACUCCCGAAUUCCCGGAUCUUGGAAAGCAUUGCGCUGUUGAUGAUUGCAAGUUGAUUGAUUUCUUGCCCUUCACGUGCGAUCGUUGCAAUCAGGUAUAUUGUUUGGAGCACAGAGGUUAUAUUAAACAUCAAUGUCAGAAAGCGGACGGACUGGAUGUCACUGUUGUCAUAUGUCCACUUUGUGCAAAAGGAGUCCGCCUAAUUCCUGAUCAAGAUCCAAACAUAACUUGGGAGAAUCAUGUCAAUACUGACUGUGACCCAUCAAAUUAUGAAAGAACCAUGAAGAAGAAAAAAUGCCCCGCCCCUGGAUGCAGAGAGGUCUUGGUAUUCUCAAACACAAUCAAAUGCAGGGAUUGCUUGGCAGAUCAUUGUCUGAGGCAUCGUUUUGGCCCUGAUCACAAGUGUCCCGGACCCAAAAGUUUGGAAACGAGCUUUUCAUUUAAGAAUCUCUUGAGCAGAAGUACAAAAGAGGUGUCAAAGCCAAAUCCAUCUCCACUUACAUCUUCGUCAAAAUGGGCAUCAGGCUUUCGCAACGUGGCUUCAAAUAUUCGAGCUUCUGCUGAAGCCAGUAUGUCAAAAUUGGGCAAUGAAAUUAACCAAGCUUGGCAAACAGCAAAGGAUGGGAUGGGACAGAACAGUGGCAUGGGUAAUGGAAAUGGGCAAGUGGAGAUGGAGCAAUGUCCCCAGUGUAAUGCAAGGUUUUCCUCUGUCACUUAUUUGGUGGAUCAUGUGCAGAAAGUUCAUGAAAGGAGCAGCAGCCGAUCCAGGGGCGCGCCUAAAGUGACCAUAGAUGUCUGUCCCAAGUGCAGCAGAGGAUUUCGAGAUCCAGUGGCUCUUGUAGAGCACGUUGAGAGGGAUCACGGUGGUAGUUCAAGAGCCUAGGUAUGGUUUAACACGAUGAAGUCUUAAUUAUACUUCUACGGUUAUAGUUUUCUAGAGUAUAUAUCAGUUUGCGCCCCCUUUUAAGGCGACAAGGUUGUCAACACGAAUUUGAAGAAGUUUUAACAUCAUUGUUUGGUGGAGUCAUUGCGUGAUUUCUUUUGGCUAACAUGCUUCUGUAUUUAUUUGCUGGAUUCUUCCUUCAUGCUCAAAAGUUAAACUGACUGCUUGAAUUGUUA